AAUAAAUUAAGUUCAUUUUUCCAAAAAAAAUUUUUUAAAAUAUUAAUUAAAAAUUUUUUGUCUUGAAUUUCAAAAAUUGUUAAUUAAAAAAAAAAUGACAAAUCAAGUGUUUAUUUGACAAUAAUAAAUAAUAGUAAAAAAAUAAUAAUAAUAAAUAAAUUAAUUAAUUAUUAGUUUCACAAAACAAAAAUUGUGGAAUUUAGAAAAAUUCAAUUCGUUACUUUUCAUAUAUAUUACAAAUAAAAUUUUGAAAUAAAAAAAAUAAUUUUAGGAGAAGAAUAAUAACAACAAAAAUGCAGCUAUCAGUAUUAAUAAUCACAAUUUUCACCAUAAUCAUUGGACUACCUUUUCAAGGAGCACAAAAAUUAAAUGAAAAAUUAAAUAAACAAUUUUCCGAUUGCGAUGGAACAAAUAUGAUUUUUGAAAAUUCUAAUCCAACAAUUAAUGAAAAAUUUCUUCAAGAUUCAAAAAUGACAUGUCUCAAUCUUGAAAAUCGUGGAAUUGUUUUUAUAUCAUCAGAUGCAUUCAAUGAUAUUCCAAAUCUUGAAUAUUUAAAUCUUGCCAAUAAUCGUUUGAAAAAAGAACAAUUUCUCUCAUUGGGACGACAUAAAAAUUUAAAAAUGCUCGUACUCGAUAAAUCAAUACGCGGUGGUUAUCAAAAUCAAACUGGAUUUAAAAAUUAUUUAAAAAUUUUACAACUUAAAGGUUAUUUUCCAAAAUUGGAAAAAUUAUAUUUAAGAAACAAUAGUAUUGCAAUAAUUUCAAUACGUGGGGCAAAUUCAAUUUUUCCCAAUUUAACACAUUUAUAUUUAAAUAAUAAUGAAAUAACAAAUGAAUCACCGCAUUAUGAUCGUAAUUUUCAUUGGUUACCAAAAUCAUUGAAAGAAUUACAUCUUGAAAAUAAUGAUUUAGAUUAUUUUGGUUUGGGUAAUUAUCCUUAUCUUGAAUUUAUUUCAAUUGACAAUAAUCGAAUAACCGAUAUUACACUAUGGGAAAUGGGAAAAUUAAAAUAUUUUACAGCAUCAAAAAAUGAAAUAAGUUGGAUAAGUGAUUUUAGUAAAUCACCAUUGUUGAUGAUUUUAAAUUUAUCACACAAUAGAAUUCGUUCAUUGAAUCAUAUUCAUAAAAUGCCAUCGUUACGUGAAUUGAAUUUAGAUAAUAAUUUACUUCAUUCAAUACCAAAAAUUGAAUAUAUUCCAAAUAUAAAAUUGCUCUCAUUAAAAUGUAAUGAAAUAAGAUUAUUGUCAAAAUUUGAUUUUCAAACAAUGUUAACGUUAGAGGAAUUAAAUUUGGAUAAUAAUAGAAUUAAAUUUAUUGGCGAGGAUGUAUUUGAAAAUUUGUUAAAUUUAAAAAUUAUUAAUUUAGAACAAAAUAAAUUGACGCAUAUUAAUUUUGGUUGGAUGAUGAAUUUGAAACUAGUCGAAUUGAAUUUAAAGGGUAAUUUUUUUGCUAAUUUAAAAUCAAUGGGAUUAUCUGAUUCGAGAAUUGGAUUGAAAUUACAUCUUGAUGGAAAAUUUCAAGAGAGAAUGAUUAAUUUUAGGGAAAAAUUACCAGUAAAUAUGACUAUUGAUGUGAAUGGUGAGAGUGUGGUGAAAUUUUGUAAAAAACAUGUUACGAAAGCAAUUCAUCCUUUUGAUUGGAGUAAUUCGCAAAAAGAAUGGUAAUAGCAAAAAGAAAACCAAAAAAAAUAGACAAAAAAUUGUUACAACAAUAAUAAAUAUACAUUUUAUAAAUAAAAAUUUAA